AUGUCUAAAAAAACCAUGCUGAGGAGGGUAUCUGAAUCUCUUGGCUCCUCUCUGGGCCUACCGAGAACUCGUUCUCUCAACUCAGUUAUUUCCUCUCCUAAAAAACCAAAAGCGUCUUCUACGGUAGUUAAAAAUUAUGGUGCUUCAUAUACCUUGGAUCGAUACUUGACUAACGAGGGUCAUCGACUAGUAGCCUCAUACUUUCGUUUAAAUCAAACACAAAAAUAUAUACAGAAAGGCACUUUUCACAAAAUUACUGAAAAGGAACUUGACGAAUUAAUAGACUCUUAUAAUGGCGUCACAACUCGUGCUUUUGAAACACUGAAUUAUCAACAUUUGAGUUUAACGUUGGCUGAAUGCAAAUUAUUGGCAAAAUUGUUAAAAUAUAAUGCUAUUACAAACAUACACACCCUAAAUUUAUCAAGAAAUAGAUUGUCGGGUUCUUCGUUAAAGUCUAAAUGGUUAGGUAAACUGCUAAAAAAGAAUAAAUCAAUCAAAGAACUUUCUUUAGCUUUUAAUAAAAUUGGUUCUGAUGGUGCACGGCGUAUUUCAAAAGCUCUCAAAAUAAAUACCACUUUAAAAAGACUUUCUCUGGAGGCAAAUAGAUUAAAUACUCAGGGUGGUUUAUUUGUGUCCGAUAUGUUAAAAGUAAAUCGUACUCUCAAAUAUAUUCAUUUGGGAAGUAAUAAUUUUCAAUUUGCUGGAAUUCAGGGAAUUGCUGAAGCUCUUCGGGUUAACGAGUCUCUUGUUAGUUUGAGCCUCGACGUUAAUAACAUUGCCAUAAGUGGUUCUAAAUUAUUGGCUGAUGCCUUAACAAUCAAUAAAACUCUUACUCAUCUUUAUAUGCCACGUAACAACAUAGGUGAUGAAGGAUUAAAACAUUUAUGUCAAGCUUUGUUAUUAAAUAAUUCAUUAACAUAUCUUGACGUCGAAUUUAAUAACAUCGGUAUUCAUGGUAAUACUGAAGGCUCGAGUGUUUUAG